AUGCAUCAAAAUUACACAAACCUGUGUCUACUGCUCCAACCUCUCAUUGGUGCUGGAAACGAUGGUGUCGAAAUGGUGUGUGCGGACUCAUGGGUUCGUCGUGUCUACCCAAUUCUUGCAGCAUAUGUUGCCGAUUUUCUGGAGCAGUGUUUGGUUAAUUGUUGCAAAGAGAACCGAUGUCCGAAGUGCGUUGUAGCAGCAAAUGAGCGAGGGGAUGCACUCAACUCGGCAAUGUGUGAUCCAGAGUCAACAAAAGAAAUCUUGCACAAGUGCAAGAUUGGUCAGCAUCCUCCAGAAUUCGAGGCCAAUGAUCUACAUGCUGUUUACAAGCCUUUCUGGGCUGAUCUGCCUCACACGGACAUUUUUCCAGUGUUCACACCUGACCUUCUGCAUCAACUUCACAAAGGUGUGUUCAAAGACCACCUUGUGAAGUGGUGCAUCAAUAUUAUUGGGGAGGAUGAAAUGGACGCACAUUUCAAGGUGAUCCUGAAUUAUCCCAGCCUUUGA